ACGUCGGACACACUCCCCAUUUAUACGGGGAGCUGGCCUGUUCCUCGUUUCCCACUGUUUAUUUUUCCUACCCCGUGCUACUUGGUACUGGGAAGUCAACUUCCUUCCUGGGUGGCGUUUUGCAUCCAUCAUAUUCAUAUAAACCAAUCCAUAUCCAUAUCUUAUCAUCUAUCAGAUCGGUCGAUCUAUACCUACGGGCUGCAUAUCCACAUACCAAAACAAACACAAACACAACCACAACCACAACUUCCCUAGGUACAUUCCAAACAUCCCGCCAAAAUGCAAGAAAACGUCGCCAUCGCCGUCAUCAUUAUCGUGCUGUUCAUCAUUCUCGCUAUUGCUGGGUGGUGGAUCCACAGAAUGAGAAACCAGGUCGCCUUCAGCAGGGAAAAGAGAGCCGUUGAUGAGGAGAGUGGUGGUGAAGUGGAGGGUUAAGUGCCCAUUCCCAGGGUUUCACAUAAUUUAUCUGUCUCCGGGAUGGGUUCGACGACGACGAUGACAACGAGGUUUAUACGAUCGAUUGAGCUGAUAUACGGCUUAUCUACCUAUCUACCUAUUUACGACUUAUUAUGCCGACAUGGGUGUUACGAGUUUGAUGCGAUUGCGAUUGGGAUGGUAUACAUACAUAUACAUGAACACAUACACACGAUUGAUGUUGGUUUGUUUGUUGAUUGGUUGUUUGAUUGCUGUGCUGUGAAAAGCAUUAUUUGGGACAGACGGGGUUUGGUUCUGUUUUUGUUUUUGUUUGAAUGGUGUUUUGUGGUAUACCUCAUUCUUCUUUUGCUUGGUUUAGGUGUAUGCUUUUUCAUGUUAUGUUGCACUUUUGCGGGCUCGGAUAUAGUCCUUUUUCUGAGUCCUUAGGACAUCUUUACUAGAAUGAAUGAAGCUGUGAGAGUGCAGCAUCAAAUCAUA